GUAUAGGAGAACUAGACAGAGAGAGAGAGAGAGACCCUCCCUUCCCUCCCUUCCCUGGUCCUAGGGGGUCUCCUCAUCUCAUCUAACCAGCCUUUUUAUCCCCAUUUCAAAACCACUUCCAACUGUCGUCGUCCGAUCUCCUCACUCCCCCUCAUCUCCACCCUUCAUCCUCUGCGCUCCUCACAAUAAGCCCUGUGUUGGGAUCCCACUCGCUCAUAACCCCUCUCCCCUCUCUCUCUCUCUCUCUCUCUCUCUCUCUAUUACAGAUAGAGGAGUACUCUAGUUAUCGUUGUAGUACUGUAAUAAAGAUUCCAGGCUCCGUCAGUCUCCUAUUGGUCGAUCUAACGUUUUCUCGCAGCUUUUGAUUGAUUACCCAUGUGUGAGUGAGUCUCCCCUUCCCCGUCCCGAUUCAGUCCUGCUCCCUGCCGGAUUCUCGGACCUAGAUCGCACCGCCUUCCACUGUUCGAUUCUCCACCCAAAUUCAUCGCAGUUAGAUCUUUUAGCUCACAUGGAAGAUGGAAGAGCCAACAGGAUGGCUGACGGAAUGCCGGACACGGUGUUCGAGUGCGUGAUCAACUACAUACACGACCCGCGCGACCGCGACGCCGUCUCUCUCGUGUGCCGGCGGUGGUACGAGGUCGACAAGUCCACGCGGAAGCACGUGACCAUCGCCCUUUGCUACACGACGACGCCGCAGCAGCUGUGGCGGAGGUUUAAGCACCUGGAGUCCUUAAAACUCAAGGGGAAGCCGAGGGCGGCCAUGUUCAACCUGAUACCGGACGACUGGGGAGGGUAUGUGACGCCGUGGGCCGAGGCGAUCGCGAGCUCGUUCAGCUGCUUGAAGUCGCUCCACUUCCGGCGGAUGAUCGUGAGUGACUCGGAUCUCGAGCUCCUCGCCCGGACGCGGGGCCGGGUUCUACUGGCGCUCAAGCUUGAUAAAUGCUCCGGAUUUUCCACUGAUGGACUCCAGCAUAUUGGCCGCUCUUGCAGAAGUUUAAGGACCUUGUUUCUGGAAGAGAGCAUUAUUGAAGAGAGAGAUGGCGAAUGGCUACAUCAGCUCGCUUUGAACAACACCGUUCUAGAAAGUCUGAAUUUUUACAUGACAGAUCUUGGCCAAAUCAGAUUCCAAGACCUUGAACUCAUAGCCAGAAAUUGCCGCUCUCUAGCAUCAGUAAAAAUCAGUGAGUGUGAACUACUGGAUCUCAUUGGUUUCUUUUCUGCUGCAACUGCAUUAGAAGAGUUUGGAGGGGGUUCUGUCAGUGACCAACCAAAGGGGUACUCUUCUGUAACAUUUCCCCCAAAAAUAAGCCGCUUGGGUCUAACGUACAUGGGGAGGAAUGAAAUGCCCAUUGUAUUUCCUUGCGCAUCCUUACUGAGAAGAUUGGAUCUCCUUUAUGCACUUCUGGAUACAGAAGACCAUUGUCUCUUAAUUCAAAAGUGCCCCAACUUAGAAGUUCUUGAGACAAGGAAUGUAAUCGGCGACAGAGGACUAGAACUUCUAGCUCGUUGUUGCAAAAAACUAAGGCGACUUCGUAUCGAGCGAGGCGCUGACGAACAAGGAAUGGAAGACGAAGGUGGCCUAGUCUCCCACCGAGGUCUAAUCGCUCUAGCCCAAGGCUGCCUCGACCUCGAAUACGUUGCCGUUUACGUCUCCGACAUCACCAACACCUGCUUCGAAUACAUCGGCACUUACUUGAAAAACCUCUCCGACUUCCGCCUCGUCCUCCUCGAUCGUGAAGAAACAAUUGCCGAUUUACCCCUCGACAACGGUGUCCGAGCCCUAUUACAAGGCUGCCACAAACUCCGUCGUUUUGCCCUCUACCUUCGGCCUGGUGGACUGACCGAUGUUGGGCUCAGUUACAUCGGACGGUACAGCCCAAACGUGAGGUGGAUGCUGUUGGGCAGCGUCGGGCAAUCCAACGAGGGGCUUCUGGAAUUUUCUAGGGGCUGCCCCAGCUUACAGAAGCUGGAGCUGCGCGCUUGUCGUUUCAGGGAAGACGCGCUGGCUAGGGCCAUGUUGCAGUUGCGUUCGCUGAGGUACUUGUGGGUCCAAGGGUAUCAGCCGAGUGAUGCGGCCCACGAGCUCUGGGCCAUGGCCCGGCCUUUUUGGAAUAUUGAGCUGAUUCCUGCGAGGCAGGUCGUUGUUGCUGGGCAGCCUGGCGAAGGGGUUUUCAUUGAUCAUCCGGCACAUAUACUGGCAUAUUGCUCGCUUGCUGGACAAAGAACAGAUUUUCCUCCUGAAACUGUUAUACCGUUGGAUGCUGCUGCCUUUCUUGAUGGGUAGAUCCAUAUGUGUAUAUGCGUGCCCUUUUAUGUGGGAGUUCUGCUUCUUCGGUUACCUGGUCUCUGUUAAAUGCAGGAUUCUAAAUGGAGGUAUCGGGAUACGUAUUAGUAUCUGGCAUACUGUCAGGUCAGUAUCGGGCAGUGUCUGUUGACACUGUAACUACCGGUAUUGAAAGUCAACAGCAUCUGUUUUCACGUUGGUAAAUACCUGUAUUAAAAGUCCAUAAUUCUGUUUUGUAACGACUGAUACGUAUUGGCCGGUGUUUAGAACCCCAGAACUAGAUGUCAUGUUUAUAGGUUCCCGUGUCUUUUCUUCUUGGUAGAAGGGUUUUUGUUUUUCUCUCCAUUGAAUUUGAGUUUGGUCCUAUUUCUAAACUUUGUCCUGUAAUAAAGUAAGCUUUGUUCUGUAA